UCUGUCAUUCAUGCAUUUAUCCUUCAAAAUAAGACCUACAGUGAAAACCGAUUUUGUUUAAUAGUUUCGCUUCUCGUAGAAAAAAAAGCUAUUUGUACUGUUUAGGCAGCAAACCUAACGUUGCCGAUGUCUAGAAUAAUAACACAAGAAGACGGUGCAGUGGGCUACUCAUCCGAACAAGACGAUGAAGAUGACUCCGAGCGGGAUGUUAUCAUUACGGCUGAACCGAACGAAAUUUACGUUGGCAAUACGGGCGCUGUUGCUGCGUCUAAAUUGUACACCCAUUUUAGAGCCCAUGGGUACAUUACGGAUAUGAACAUAUGGCGCACUCACAAUCACUUAUAUCACGCACGAAUUGUCUACAAAGGCAAAAAUGGAGCGCAAAAGGCGAUAGAGAGUACUAAUGGCAAAAUUUAUAAUGGAAAGCGCCUCCGGGUUUCGCUCGUAAUCGAACGGAUCCAGCUGGAAUAUCCCGCGGUAAUUCGAAUUGAUGAUCUAUGCGCCGAAUGUUCCGAAGAGGAUAUCUAUGAACAUUUCGAAUCCUGCGGAGCAAUAAAAUUUGUCAUCAAAACGGGUUGUGCAGCAUAUAUUCAGUUUGCAGCAGUCUCUGGGGCUUACCAAGCGCUAGGGGUAGAGAAAAUUUUAAUGGGUGAUCCCUAUAUAAUCUCUAGAGUCGGUCCGGAUGAUAGAGUGGAUCAUGUACAGGUGAUAGAAAACAUGAAGGAUAUCAAAUACAGGAAACCUUUUGUGAUGGUGGAAAAUUAUCCUGAACUGGACCCAGAUACACCCCUCAAGAAAUACAAAGCUGAAUUCGAGAGAGUAGGCCCUGUGCGCCAUUUCAAAAUCGCGCCUACCCCCAAUGGAACGGUGACUUUGGCUUUGUGCACAGAAAGAAACGACGACAGGGAUUUGUUUAUCGAUAGAUUUGAUAAUACAAUGGUGCGCGGUAAAACCUUGAAACUGUACAUGGCACCGGGUAAGGCUAGAAUGACUAUUGAUCAUGCUGCCAAAUAUGCCCUAUCCAAAACGUCGAUUGUUGUGUCCGGAUUUCCCCCAUAUUACAAAGAUUACGACGUCUGCAAAGUCUUCAGAAGGUGUGGAGAGAUAAAUUUUCUCGAGCGAUUCGACGAGAAAUGGAUGAUUUGUUUCGAAAGUCAAGCAGCUGUUCCUCUGGCACACUAUUAUCGAUUUAUGAUAAAUAGAGAAACAUUGGUUAUAAAGAAAUUGAUGCCAGCCACAAUGCCCGGUAAAACCAAGAUCAAACUGAGAGACUAUGAAACACAUGUUGAGCCGACGACUAGGACACAUUUUGAACCGGCCUUCACGACCACCAAAACCAAGAUUAUAUCUGAAGCGGAAAAACACAUAGAUUCAUUGUUCAAGAAGAACGAAGCUGCAGUCAAUAAAGUAAUAUCGAAGCGCGUUGCUUCUGAUGAAGCUCCAAAAGAUGGCACGUCAUCCUCUACCACGAAACCAGAUGGCCAGCCCAGCGCAUUCAUAGAGUUGUCCGAUGAAGAAUCGGAAACACCACCCGCGUCUGAAACACAACCGGAAAGUACUCACCCAAUGAAAAACCGAGGUAUCUUCAUCGGGAACCUGCCGAAAUGCGUCGAGGAGAAAGAUAUUCGACAACUCUUCCCCGGGAAGGAGAUCCAAGAGAUCGUAGUGCACUGCAGCCGGGACUCAUAUCAUCCCACAGCGGCAGCGUAUGUGGCGUUUGCACACAGACCCGAUAUGUUUGAAGCUGAAAAACGUAACCAUAUUAUAUUCCGCGGCAAACGAAUCAUGGUUAAGGGCGCGUACAGCUAUGAGUUUUUCGCUUCGGGAAGAAGCCUGAUGUUGAAAAAUUUGGAUAUGAAUACCGACGAACUGGUCGUCAUGAAAGAGGUCCAAAAAGUAAUGGGUAAGGGUACGGUUGAGGACGUCCAUAAACCGGCGCAUCAUUAUGCGUAUGUGGAUCUCAAGGAAGAUGUACCGCUCAACAUUGCAGUGAUUAAGCUGAGGCAGGCUUUUACUCGUUUUAAAAUCGACGUAUAUCCGCUACAGAAAUCCAUACCGAAAAGAUGGAUACUACCAAAGCCCCGCAAUACGAAAUCAAUCGAGGAUAUGCGCAAAUAUGCUGGUUUGAAAGAUCCAAGUCAGAUCAAAUUGACUGACGAAAGAUUUGGUCCCGAUAAAGCCAAUCAAUUGUUUGUUGGCAACAUUCCCCGGGACUCGCAGGCCGAGGAUUUAAUUCAGUAUUUCAACAACUACGGAACGGUAAUCGAUUACAAACCAAUCGAAGAGAAAAGUUGUUAUUUGCGAAAAUCGGUUUUUCUGAGUUUCAUUGACGCGAAACAUGCUGAGAACGCGUAUCGCCAGCUGAACCACUACUUCGAGGGCAGCCUGCUGUGUAUACAUCGGAUGGAUGCUGUUCCCUUACAGUUCGAGAAGGAUGCAUCGGUUCUCAGUGUCAAAUUCCAUAGUCCGUUUCUUACGUGCGACGAAAUAUAUCACGUUUUGUCACAGAAUGUGGUCGUCACCUACGGUAUGCGAUUCGAUGCAUAUGAUGAACGAGCCAAUUUGAUCGUGGUAUAUCAGAGAAAAGGAAGGAGGGAUCCGCUCGAGAGUAUUCGGAAUAUCAAAUUCAUAAAUGAUGAAGCAGUGCUUUUCGUUGGUGGGCUAGAUUUGACCCACCCGAAUCCUGACGAAGCGCGGGAACCCCGGAACAUAUCUAACUCCAACUUCCGAAGCCAGAAGGAGAAAUAUCUCAGCUAUGUUAUAUACAAGGAGAAUCUCAAGGACGAUAUGGACCUCCGUACACAGCCAAAUCAUGAAAAUGACGUCCCGUUCGAUUCGUUCGAUAACUACAAUUCAGUGCAAAUCAACAACGUUUCGCCGGAUACAACGAUGGAGGAAAUUCGAGAUUUGUUUUGGAAAUGUGGCAAUGUGGUAGACUAUCGGGCAAUACUGUUGCAAGAAGGCGCAAGCAAGAUCUGCUGGGUUAAAUUCGACGUGGACUUGGCCGCAGAUCUGGCCUGUACGUACAACCAACGCAUGCUCAACGGAAAACGCAUUUUGGUGCACUUGGCAAAAGAAUGUCCACACGUCGAACGAGAUCGUUCCGUCAUGGUCGAACGUCUUUCGCCCCAUUUCAGUACGGAACAAAUCUACGAUGAGCUUAGUCAAAUCGGAACAGUAAAGUACGUACAAAAGCAGACACCGAAUGCCGCAGUUGUAUGUUUCAAACACAAGGACUGUUUGAUAGACGCUCUCCACCUUACACGAAUGUCUCACUCGUCUGUCGUCGUAAAUCCUUGCUGUCGAGGUUACGAUGCCAGGUUCUUCAACAAUUUCACCGUCAAAGAGGAAUUCAUCAGUGACGACCUCAUUAAAUCCGUGCUAAAGCCACGAAUCCUGCCAGAAUUCCACCAAUCAGAGUUAGAAGUACCGUCCUUCGAUAGCCUAACGGUGGAUGUUAAGGCUCAACUAAUUGAGGAUGUGUUUAUGACACGACAGAAUAUAGCUAAUUUUAAUAACAUGACCAAGAUCGAGCAGAUAACCGAACUGAACAAAAACCCCGAUUUCGCAGGCAAAGCACACUUCACACGGUUGUCCACAAGUGAGCAGGCAAAGCUGUUGGAGAUAACAGAAACAUUGGAACGAGAAGCCAGGAAUCAGUCUAAACAUCCACCACCCGUGAAACAGGCCCGUUUGAGUACUGAACCAACAGCUAGCAAUGGAAACGGUCAGAGCAGUGGAUCGUCGGAAUAUGCAGCAAAUUCUUUUCCAUCAACCGGAGGGUUAGAUUGUCCACCUGACCGUCCUCCAUGGUCUAGAGACCGCCCCCAAAUGUUCCAUUCCAUGUUCCCAGAGCAGGGUCCAUCACACCGGAAUAACAUGAUGCAUCCUGCCCGCAAUAACUUGAGUGGUCAAUGGGAGCAGCAAAUGGCAUCGAUGUCAUACAACAACAGUCGACGACGGGGACACCCUAGCAACUUUAAUCGAUCAUCGUAUUUCUAAACGGGAAUAGUUUAAGUCAUUUUUCAAAUGUAGUAUUGCAGAAAAUAUGCACAUUGGACUUACAGAUGCAAUAUACAAAUGUUUGUAUCAGAAUCAAA